AUGUGGGUGUGUGGAAUGCUUGCCCUGAGCUCAUUUGCUGACCCUUCUCUUGUCCUGUCUGGUUUGUGCUGCAGGUUGGAGCCGGGCCGUGACCAUGUCCUGCCCAUUGAUUAUUACUUCCCACCUCAGAAGACCUGUCUGAUCUGUGGAGAUGAAGCAUCUGGGUGCCACUACGGAGCCCUGACGUGUGGGAGCUGCAAAGUGUUCUUCAAACGGGCAGCUGAAGGUAAACAGAAGUACCUCUGUGCCAGCCGCAACGACUGCACCAUCGACAAGUUCCGGCGGAAAAACUGCCCCUCGUGCCGCCUGCGCAAGUGCUACGAGGCCGGGAUGACGCUCGGAGCCCGCAAGCUGAAGAAACUGGGUAACCUGAAGGCCCAGGAUGACAUGGAGGGAGCCAGCUCAUCCAGCCCAACAGAGGAGCAAGCUCCCAAGCUGGUGAUGACACGCAUUGAUGGCUACGAGUGCCAGCCCAUCUUCCUCAACGUCCUGGAGGCCAUUGAGCCUGGGGUGGUGUGUGCUGGCCAUGACAACAGCCAGCCUGACUCCUUCUCCAACCUGCUGACCAGCCUGAAUGAGCUUGGGGAGAGGCAGCUGGUCUACGUGGUCAAAUGGGCAAAGGCUCUGCCAGGAUUUCGCAACCUGCAUGUGGAUGACCAGAUGUCAAUAAUCCAAUACUCUUGGAUGGGCCUGAUGGUGUUUGCUAUGGGGUGGAGAUCCUUCACCAAUGUCAAUUCCAGGAUGCUUUACUUUGCUCCAGACCUGGUCUUCAAUGAGUACCGCAUGCACAAAUCCAGGAUGUACAGCCAGUGCAUCAGGAUGAGGCACCUCUCCCAGGAAUUUGGGUGGCUUCAGAUCACACCCCAGGAGUUCCUCUGUAUGAAGGCUCUCCUCUUCUUCAGUAUUAUUCCAGUGGAUGGCCUGAAGAACCAGAAGCUCUUUGAUGAGCUCCGCAUGAAUUACAUCAAGGAACUUGACCGGAUCAUUGCCUGCAAGAGGAAGAACCCCACCUCCUGCUCCCGGAGGUUUUACCAGCUCACCAAGGUCCUGGACUCUGUGCAUCCGAUUGCCAAGGACCUGCAUCAGUUUACAUUUGAUCUCCUAAUCAAGGCACACAUGGUGAGCGUGGACUACCCAGAAAUGAUGGCCGAGAUCAUCUCUGUGCAGGUUCCCAAGAUCCUGUCUGGAAAAGUCAAGCCUAUCUACUUCCAUGCACAGUGAUCUUUCAGAGGGACCCCCGUGCUGCCACCCCCAUUCCAGCCAUCUCCUGCCUGUUACUUCUGCACUACUGUCCUGCAGUGCCUUGGGGAAUCCCUCUGUGGCGGUGGCCAAGGGGACAGGCAGUGACAGACCUGCUGGGAUUCCUGAGAUUACAAUUUUCCUGAGGUACCUCUGAACUGAACCCCUGGCGCCGACCUCUGCCUGGCACCAGCUGCUCACGGUGAUGGACGGGGACUGGUGGGGGCAGUGGCACCCUGUCUGAGUGUUCUCCUCUGUUUGUCACGGUGACUCCAGCAGCCCAGGGCCACGAGACAGCAGAAGAAGUGCCAGUGGUUGGUGGGUUUGGGGUGAUUUUUAUAAAAAGAAUACAACAC